AUGUUUCGUCAACCGAUCGUGAGACUAAGACAGUCUGCCUCACCUCUGCUCAAACGUGGCGGCUCUCGAGCAAGAACAUCUGGACCCAGCCAAAACAUCAAGUCUGGACUUAGACCUGUACACGCUCAAAAGGCAUUCUGGACAACAGGCAGAGUACUACUAUUCUCGGCUUCCACCGGCACAGCGACGUACUUGUAUGGUAUCAACGAUGCCUCGAAGCUACAGCUUCCGUGGAUGAAGUCUACGGGACCGCAAUAUGCCUCAAAGAAAGAGAUGGAGAAGGCAAUCGCGGAGCUAAGAGCAGCAUUCGGCGAGGAUACAAUCAGUACGGAUGAUGAAGAUCUCCAUAGGCAUGGCUACUCAGAAUGGUCCUCGAUCAAUAUCGAUCAGCUCCCGGUCGCGGUAGCUUACCCCAAGUCUACAGAAGAGGUGUCACAGCUUGCGCAAGUAUGCCACAAGUACAAGAUUCCCAUGAUCCCAUACUCUGGAGGAUCGAGUCUCGAGGCCAACUUCUCUGCUCCUUUUGGUGGCAUGAGCAUCGACUUCACGUUAAUGGAUCAAGUUCUUGCGCUGCACGCGGAUGAUAUGGAUGUCGUCGUUCAGCCUUCCGUGCCUUGGAUGAGCCUGAAUGAUCAAAUCAAAGACUCCGGUCUGUUCUUUCCCGUGGACCCUGGGCCAUCUGCUAGAAUUGGCGGCAUGGUCGGCACGAGCUGCAGUGGAACGAAUGCUGUGCGAUAUGGCACGAUGAAAGAAUGGGUCAUCAACCUGACAGUCGUUUUGGCUGAUGGCACAGUGAUCAAGACGAGAAAGCGGCCACGGAAAUCUUCAGCCGGUUAUAACCUUACGAAUCUCUUCGUUGGUUCUGAAGGCACAUUGGGCAUCGUUACGGAAAUCACACUGAAAUUGGCCGUCAUCCCCCAGGAGACCAGCGUCGCUGUCGUUACGUUUCCCACGAUCCGCGAUGCUGCAGCUGCAGCCUCAAAAGUCCUACGAGCAGGCGUACCUGUUGCUGCAAUGGAGAUCAUGGACGACGUGCAGAUGGGUGUGAUCAACAAAGCUGGAUCGACGCACAGGAAAUGGAAGGAGGUCCCAACCAUGUUCUUCAAGUUUUCGGGCACUAAGGCAGGAGUGCAAGAAAACAUCCAAUUGGUAAAGGACAUUUCCAAGAAGCACAAGAGCGGUGACUUCGAGUUCGCCAAAACCGCCGAAGAAGGCAGACAGCUUUGGUCGGCACGCAAAGAGUCUCUCUGGAGCAUGAUGGCAAUUCGCAGAGAAGGUGACGAAGUCUGGUCGACAGACGUAGCUGUUCCAAUCUCAAGAUUACCAGACAUUAUAGAGAUCUCGAAGAAGGAAAUGGAUGACCUCGGUCUCUUUGCAAGUAUCCUGGGACACAUUGGAGAUGGCAACUUCCACGAAAGCAUCAUGUACAACAGCAAGGAUCCAAAAGAGCGUGCGGCUGUCGAGAAGUGUGUUCAUGACAUGGUCGAGCGCGCACUUGAGAUGGAGGGUACUUGCACCGGCGAGCAUGGCAUUGGGUUGGGCAAGAAAGCCUCACUGCAGAAGGAGCUCGGGUUCGACACGAUCAAUGUUAUGAGGAGCAUCAAGGGUGCUCUGGAUCCGCAUUGGCUCAUGAACCCCGGAAAGAUCAUGGAUGCGAAGGCAUGA